AAAUCAUUUAGCUAAACAAAGAUAAAACUCUUCUUACACGAAAUUAAGCUACUUAUAUAUAUGCAUUUUGGUAUUGUAGAAAUUGCAUUAAUAAGUCAGUGAACUGUUGGCCAUUAUGUAAUAGAACGCAGGGGGCGAGCCAGGAAUUGACGUCAGAGGGGGCGUAACUUAGGGGCGCAACUUUUUGACGUGUACCCCUCCCUCAGAACCGACAUGAAUAAUAUGGCAUAAAAUGUUUUCACAGGGGUUUAUGUACUCCCCAAGGUUUUUCUAUCCAAAUUCAUUCUCCAAAACGGUGCAUUUAUUUAACGUGUUUUAUUCCUUUUAUCUGGUAUUGACAUUAAAGUUAACUUGGACAUGCGCCAGAUGCGGCUCACACAAACUGCUUGUGGAAUGUUAUCCGUACAAAAUGAAACCCUGUUGUGAGAAGCAAACAUUAUUUACUUUACACGCACUACUAUUGAACUAUUUUUUGGAAGCGCGACAAGCAUAAACCUACGAAACUUCUUAACAAAACUUAGACCGAGUGUUAUGAAAUUCAUAGAAUUAUUGCCAACAACGAACACUGAUGUUCUUGUAAGAUUAUGGAAAUAUAUACAUGAAGCUUUUAUUAUAUUCUAGAAUACUGUUAAUAAUGUAUUGUAAUUAUUAACAGUAGCAAUUCUGUUUUUUUUUUAGAUGUACUAAAUAUAAUUCCCACCUCACAAUAUUUUGUUAACGCUUUUUAUUACAUGAAAUAAUUGUGCGUCUUUUUGUAUAAUGUUAAUCGAUUAGUUUUGUUUUCAUUAACACACGUGUACUUAAUAUAAAUAUACCCGAAUAUAUAGGUCGAUGUAUAUAUGCCAUUAGUUGUCUAGUGAUUACCAAUAAUGUUAUUCAUAUUAACCAUGUUACAAGAAACAUUUUAUGUUUACUUUACUUAACAAACAUCUUUAAAUCUUUAAUCUUUAAUCUUAAAUCAUGAAUGGGUCAGCAAAUGUAAUGGCAUUAUGGUAUCUUGUGAGUGAAAAUAGAAUAGGGGUACCCAUGGUUUGGUAACCAAUUAUUUAUCGGUAAAGCUAUUUUGAGGAGUAUGUGACCUUUUGUGUAGUUUGUAUUUGUCUUGUUUACAAGUUUGUUUAUUUAGUUAAUUGUCUUUUGAGACUUUGUCUUGUAUCUUUAAACAAAGUUUAUUUUUUGAACUUUUGACUUUCAGGCUUUUUCCUGUUGUUUGCAUUGUAAUAUUUAGUUUGGCAUUUUGAAAGUCAUUGGUAUUUCAAGAUACAUUAAACUUCGCGAUCUAUAAAACACAUUUCACUCUUUUUGCCAAUUUCUACGUGUUGCAGUUCUAAUUUAGUUUAUCAUGGCGAAGACAAGGAACGAACUUACAACUUUGGUAUUGAUUCAAUAAACAAACAAGUCUAAUAGCUUACGGGGAAAGGUGAUCAUAUAUCAAAAGCUCAAAGCAUGAUAUUGCUGUUCGAUGGACAAAAAAUGCUCUUAAUGAGUGGCAUUAUUCUACAUACUAUAAAUCCGCUAUCUUUUCAAAGAUAUAAUAUCAUAUGUUAUUGUGUUUAGCUCACCUGAUCACAAAGUGCUCAAUGUAAGCUAUUGUGAUCGGUCUAUGUCCGGCGUCCGGUGUCCAUCGAACACCGUCCGUAGUCGUUCGUCCGGUGUCAAUAAUUGCUUUAAACAACAUCUCUUCUUUAACCGCAUGGUCAAUUUUGAUGAAACUUUACAGGGAUGUUUGAUGGGUGGUGCCCUUUCAUAUAGUUGUUCAUAGAAAAAAGAAAUUCCAUGCAGAACUCUGGUUACCUUGAAAACCGAAAGGGAGAACUUAAACAAUAUUCUAGACAAAACAUUAUGAGGCCUAGAACUUUGUUAUUUAGUGUGUAACAUUGUCUGUUGGUCAUCUACCAAGUGUCUGGGCGUAACCGGGGAAGACAAGUUUCUUUCAUACUUGUAUAAGGAAAUCUUUGAAAACCUUCUUGUAUGUAACCACUAGUCCCAGUCCGUGGAUUUUUGUAUGUAACAUCAUGUAGUAGCCAUCCACUCAAUUUGUUCAAAAUUAUGCCUCUUUGGACAAAACAACAAUAAUAACAACAACAACCAGGUAGCCGACUUUUUGUCUUACGUUUUAAUAAUCUAUCUAAAAUAUACUUUUUUCUCUAGCUGUAUUUAGGAUAAAUGAAAAGCAUUCAUACAUACUUAAACUUCCAGAAAUUUUGAAAAACUUUUCGACUGUAUGUUAAUGGUUUAAUUUUUGAUUGAAAAGUUUCAUGCAGAGGGAAAUUCAAUAUUAUGUGAAAAUUAUUUAGUGAAACUAUACUAUGUUAUAGAAAAAAAAAUUGCAGGAAAUUUCUGAGGUCAUUUCUUGUAGUUGACCUUUAUAUCACCGUUCAGAAAUCACUUCCUUCCCAUUUAUACCAAAUAUUCAGAGCUCAUGAAAUAAGCAAAUAACAUAUUUUAUGAUGCAUAUAUCUUAUUAUCUAUACAUCCACCGGCAUAUGCCCAAAUGGUGGCAUAGAUUCGUUUCUGUGAAUGUUCUUGUCUACCUUUAAAGAGAAACUCUUAUUCAAAAUCAAUGCUUACACAUGUAUAACAUAAAUUUAGAAUAAACCUUUAACUUCUUACUAAAUAAUGCAUUUAUGGAAACUAUUAAUUACUGAAAACAAGAUUGUUACCGUGAAUUUAAUAGCAGAAAGCGCAAAAAUAUUAAAUGAUUGGUGAUUUAGUGUGAUCUACUAUAGUCUCAUAAGGUAGAAAUACCGUGUUUUAUGUUCAUUUCUUUCAAAUUAAACUCGGUAUCCUUCUUAAGAACCAUUGUUUUCGACAUUUAUUCAUCCUUUUUGGAAUAUUAAAACAAUAUUAUUAAUUGUGGUAAAUCUUAUCUGGGAGUAAGAGUGCAUCUUUAAAGAAAUAGUAAUUUCCAAACAAAGUAUGAUGCUGGAUUCCAGAGGCCUCUAUCAAAAGUUUUAUUUUUGAAUCCAAUUAAAGGUUUAAAAAAUGUUGACUAGAUUAAACAUGCUUAAUAACAUAUAUUGGAAAACAUAUGUAAAAUAAAGCAAAACCAUUGGCUCUGAAACAUAAUAUAUCAUAACAGUCAUUGUUUAAACCUGCACUCACACAUAUUGCCCGUUUUGACAAAUUUUCUUUUUUGUCUUGAAAUGGGUCAAUCUUUGUGUAAAUGUCUAGAAAGCAGUGAUAUAAGUUAAGCUUAGCUGGGUUCUUUUGGUAUAUAGUGAUCUAAGAAUGUAGGUUUUUGUUCAAUAGUGAUCUGAGAUUUUACCUUUGGCAACAUCAAAUAAUCUCAACUCCCUGCUUGGGCGCCGAGCCAACUUAUGACCUACUUCAUGUCAAUUGGACCCAACAAAUAUUUAUAGGCCACGUUUUUCUCUUCACCUCAGGUGAGCGAUUCAGGGCCAGCAUGGCCUUCUUGUUUGGUUAGAUAAACGGGAUCACACAGUGGCACUGACAUUAGAUUAGUGUAAUAUUGCGGUUUCAAACUGUUUGUUUUGCGCACAAACAUACAUAUCCUUCUAAGUAACAGCGGGUUGUAACCUACUUGUAUAUGUGGACAGUAGAGGCAUUAUAUUUAAAGGACGAAUAAAUGGCUGAACUAUGAAAUUUUUUAUUGUCUGUGUUUUCCUUUGUGGAUUUUUAAAUAUUGCAUUAUGUAUCGACAAAAGUGCGUCCUUCAGAUUUGCUAAUUUUCCUGCUAACUUCCAAUGGGGAAUCAAAGAUUCGUGUGAACAUUUACCUUCCGAUGUAAAAGUUCCUUUGCUGAAGGAAUUAGGGGUGAAUGUGUACAAGUUUAGCCUAGAUUGGAACCUGGAUUCACAAGGAGGACUUACAAUUGACCCAGCAACACUUACCGGGUACCAAGAUAGUGUCAUAGAAUUAGAAAAUAUUGGGAUCAAGAGUCACGUGGUGUUAUUUGACACAAAGGACAAGGAUGUCAUCGACAAACUUACUUCAAUGGACAGUGUCACUGAGCUUUGUAAUUCAGCAACCUACGUUUUUCAAAACUUGACAGAAAAGGUGGCAUUGUGGAGUUCCUUUGCUUUCAAUGGGAUACAAACUUCGUUCGCGGCUAGUUCCAAUGAGGAACUUAUCAACACAGCGUACUUUAUACUCCAAGCUCACAGUUGCAUUUAUAACUCGUUGAAGAACAUUCACCAAAAAGGGCAACUGGGUAUUGACAUCCAAGGAAGCUGGUUCGUCGCCCAAUCUCAUUCGCUUUCAAAAACUGAUCCAAGUACAGAGAAAGCUCUUGCAUUGGACGUUGAUUUGUUUCUACAGCCUUUGAUUGGUCGAGAUAUUGCUAAGGAAUACUUUGGAUUGAACGUACCACAUUUUUCUCCGGAACAAAUAAUAAAUGUUAAUAAUUCGCUUGACUUUGUAACGUUGACAUACCGCGGGACUUUUGAAGUAAAUGAAGACACUGAACUACAAUCCCUUUACAGUAGUGAAGUUGAUUCCGACAAGAAUGGCGGACUACAGAAACUUCUAAAGCACGUGGGCAGAUCCCUCAGCAAGACCGUGCAGAUUUACGUUAGUGAUGUUGGGAUUCAGACUAACAACGUGAUUGUAAAAGAUAAAGAGCGCGUUAAUUGGAUGAGGUCAAAUAUACAACAAGUAUUAAAAUCAAUCCAAAUUGACCGCAACAGUAACAUCGGCGGCUAUGUGAUACCAUCCUUUGUGGACACUGAACAUUGUCCGGAGUUAACCGGAAUAUUCAGCAACACACCUGACCAGAAUUUUCCUGUAAGGAAGGCAUCCGCAGUUUUAUAUAAACAGAUUAUCCAUGACAACGGUUUUGAACGUGGUUUCAACGGAAUAGGCGGAUUUCCUAGCGGUGAGAUAUCACACGAGGAUGGGAUAUAUUACGACGAUUUCCCGGACAAUUUCGGUUGGAGCUCUGCCACCUCUGCUUAUCAGAUUGAAGGAGGAUGGAACGCUGACGGUAAAGGACUUAGCAUUUGGGAUACACGGAGUCAUACUCCGAACAUCAUUCACAACAAUGAAACUGGUGAUGUGGCUUGUGACAGCUACAACAAAUACAAAGACGACGUUAAACUUCUGAAGGAUCUAGGGGUCAAGUUUUAUCGAUUUUCGAUUGCAUGGACACGUUUGAUGCCAGAUGGAACAACCGAUUAUAUAAACCAGAGAGGCAUUAACUAUUACAAUAAUUUGAUAGAUGCACUUUUAGCAGACGGUAUAACUCCAAUGAUAACAUUGUUUCACUGGGACUUGCCCCAGAAUUUAAUGGACAAUGGAGGGUGGCUUAAUGAAACGAUUAAAGACAGGUUCAAGGACUACGCAAAGCUUUGCUUUGAAAAGUUUGGAGAUAGGGUAAACUAUUGGAUAACAUUUAACGAGCCGAAAAUCAUCACAGUGUCUGGUUACGACGAUGGUUGGUUUCCUCCCGGACACCACUCACACGGACAGGAGGGUUACAUUGCGGCGCAUAAUCUCAUAAAAGCCCAUGCCGAGGCCUACCAUGUCUUCAAACAGACACAAAACGGUAAAAUUGGCAUUACCAUUAGUGUUGGAUGGCCAGAGCCAGUUCACAUGUAUGAUCCCGAGGAUUUGGAAGCCUCUGAGAGAGACACGCAGUUCAGUUGUGGUUGGUUUGCACAUCCGAUCUUUGUAGAUGGAGACUACUCACCAAUCAUGAAGAAACUGGUUAGCGAAAAGAGUUAUCAGCAAGGUUUUAAUGUCUCUAGACUUCCAGAGUUUACAGAUGAAGAGAAAACCUUUAUUAACGGGACGUUCGACUUCUUUGGACUUAACUUUUACUCCGCCGGACUAGUCACCUCAGACUACGGUACGUCGGAAGUGCCAAGCUACUACAAUGACAAAGAUACUAAAGGCGUUGACAACCCAAACUAUUUAGGGUCAGGUUCCAGCUGGUUACACGUAACACCGUUUGGGAUGAGAAAGAUUUUGAAUUGGGUGAAACGGACGUAUAACAAUGUCCCAGUGUACGUUACAGAGAGUGGUGUCUCUGACAGGAACGGCACUUUGAUGGACUAUCACAGAAUCCACUAUUAUAGGACUUACAUCAACGAGUUGUUGAAAGCUAUCAAACUAGACGGGUGUAAUGUCAAAGGCUUUACAGCAUGGUCACUAAUGGAUAACUUUGAAUGGAAUACGGGAUACAGUGAAAGGUUUGGAAUACAUUACAUCAAUUUCACGGACCCUGACAGGAAAAGAACACCCAAAGGAUCUGCCUAUUGGUAUAGACAGUUGAUCUCUGAGAACGCCUUCACGAAAGGAUACCCUGGAAUAGGUGGUAGGGGAACUGCUCCAGAUUAUGUCGGCAAGACACUUAAAGGCAUUUUUCCACCGGACUUUGUCUGGGGUAUGGAAGGGUUGCGUUCAGAUACGCUUGAAGUCAGUGAUUUGAUACAAGCUCUAGUUAAAAUGAAGGUUGGAUUCUACAAAUUUAAAAUCCCAUGGAAUGGAAUCCUUCCUCGAGCUGGAUCAAUCGAAGACACUAACGAAGUUAACAAGUAUACGCAACUGAUCAAACAGCUUAGGCAAAACAAUAUAGCCCCAUGGAUAUCUCUGGACUAUUUUGAUGUACCGAAACAUUUACAGGAUGCUGGUAGUUGGUCAAAUAAUUCGACGGUUAUUGAAUUUGAGAAUUACGCGAGGGUUUGUUUCUCAACAUUUGGGGAUAUUGUAGAGACCUGGCUAUCUCUAGACAAUGCAAACCUGUAUUUAAGGCAAUUUGAUUCACUCGAUCAGUUUGCUAUCAUGUCAAACUUGUUGCUUGCCCAUAACAGCGCGUUUCACAUCUUCAAAACUGAAUUCAGACGUCAAUACGGAACAUUUGGGUUGGCAUUGCUAGGCGAGUGGCACGAACCACAGAAUGAAUUUUCCACUUCGGACUGGGAAGCAUCAGAGACUGCCAUGAAAAAUGGCAUUGGGCGGAUUGCUGAACCUAUAUUCGGUAACAGUCCAAAGAAGAAUGAAUUGCCCGACGUGCGAGUGUCAGCAGACAUGGUGUUUGUGGAUAUUUCCAAACUUAAAUGGUGUACACAAGAUCCAUCUACAGCUGUCACCUGCAUUUCAGACACAGACUUCCGGCGGGAUCCGUCAUAUCGACAGGAAGGGACACAGUGGGCGGUAAGAAAAACUUUAAAUUGGAUCAAACGGUCUUACGGAAAUAUUCCAGUAUAUGUGACGUCAACGAACUUCACCAAUAACGUUUUAUCAAGCAAUCAAAGCGAGCUUACAACGUUGAUACAAGAAAACGUAAACGAAGUUUUGAAAGCCGCGAUUCUCGACGACGUACGUGUGGCUGGGUACUUAUUUCCAAUCAUUAGACCAACGGAAAGUACAUUGUCGGCAGAAGCACGGAUAUUAGGAGAUAUCAUCACCCAGUACGGUUCCGAAUCAGCGGCAAUUGACCAGCCAGCAUGCUCUGCGACAACACCAGUAUAUCCUACCACGGACACUGAACACAAACAUAAAACCAAUGCUUCGAGCAUGCCUCAAUCCACAGUGUAUACAUUGAUGUCCACAUUAUUUUGGUUGAUGAUGAUAAAAUCAUGAAGGUUCAUAUUGGACCUGGCUACGAUUAAUUUGAUAAAUACAUGAAUUAAAACACAACAACACUUACUUGUUAAAAAUAAUGGCAGUUAACUUUGAAAAUAAUAAAUAAUUUGUCCACUUUUUUAUUGAA